AUGCUUCAAUCGGGGGCUGGUGGUGACACACAGUUUGUUGACAUGAUCGAAGCUUACGACCGUCUUUCACCAACAUUAAAGAAGUUCAUAGACAAGUUGGAUGUUGUCCAUACUUCGAAAAUACAGGCAGUGACUGCCAAGAACGAGGGUGGAAUCAACAGAAAGCCAUCAAUUGAUUCUAUCCAUCCACUAGUCAGGUAUCAUCCAGUUCUCCGCAAGAAAGCGCUUUUCUUGAAUUCUAAUUUCUCAACCAGAGUGCUAGGCCUAAAGGACGAGGAGUCACAUGCCUUGCUAGAGCUCUUGAUUAACCAUACUGAGGGGCUUCUUGAUGCUCACAUCAGGGCAUCCUGGGACGAAAAUACUGUCGUUCUUUGGGACAACAGACGUUUAAUUCACACUGCAACCCUAGACUGGGACUCCGAUGAUAUCAGACACUCGUUCAGAAUUACUCCUUUGGCCGAAAGACCCGUCCGGAACGAACAGGAGUAUGAAACCUGGGAUCCUGAAAAGGAGAAAGAAAAAAUCAGGCACACUGAGGAGUAUUUGGCUUUGACUCCUGCUCAGUACUCUGAGAAAUUCUAUUAG